AUGAAAAAGCUCAAAAGCGCCACUGUUGUCAAACGAAAAGCCUUUGGCUCUCUCUGGAUCGUCGUGGGGAUUGGCAUUGGGGUUGUAGUCGCAAAGAGCACGUUCAGUCAGUUACAUGGAACCACUCGAAACAUGAUGGAGGUCCUUGCCGGUACCAUGAGCAAUGACGAUCGAGAAAAUCAGGCAAUGGACACGUUCCAGGGGGAUAAUAAGCAGCCACCACAAGAGCACCAAAACACUGCCAGCGAGGCUACUAUUAGCAAGAAGCAACCAGCCUAUCUCGAUCUGCCGCCUGCCACCAAGACGGUAGUACUGAACAUUGGCUCCAACCGCGACCCCAUCCUCCCCAAGGAAUCCGCUGGUCCUUGCGCUGUAACGAUUGCCUUUGAACCCAUCAUUCCUCAAGCCAUUCCGUCGCACCCUCAGGUGCACGUGGUCCCCGCAGCGGUGUCGACUUCCGCGUCAUUGGCCACCAUGUACGCCUACAACCGCAACGGUGUCUCGUCCAGUUUGAGCAAGGCGGCUCAAGAUAGUUAUUGGAAUCAAGGCAACAAGAACCAAGGCAUUCGCAUUGUGCCCGUCAUGGCCAUGCAGGAUGUUCUAGACGCCAUUCCACCGCAUGUCGCCAUUGACUUUAUCCAAACGGAUGCGCAAGGUCACGACUUUGCCAUUAUCAAAUCCUCCAUUGUAACAAUCCGCGAACGAGGGAUCCAGCAUUUGAAGACGGAAGUGUACAUGGAGAAUACAAUAACCUAUGAAGGGGCAGAGAAUGAUUUGUGCCGGCAUUGGAUCCCCUUCAUGACGAGCAAUGGCUAUUCUUUGGUGGGACUCGAAGUCGGAAAGGAGCUUCGAUCAUCAGAGAGCGUCAUGGCAUCGUGCAGGCGCGAAGGCGCUGCCGAUGCGUCGUUCCUUCCGGGUUUGAAGGAGGCGGACGCCUUGUGGCGAUUGUCAUCAUUGGCACAUGAAGUCGACGACACAACCAAAUCUGCAUUCGACUAUCCAAUCCACAAAGGAUCUCCUCCUGCAUUCUCCGCGCAGCAGUAUGCUGCCUGCAAGCAAUAG